AUGCCGGACUCGAAACCGAAGCCCCACGUUGUUGCACUCCUGAAGGAGCUCUACAGCGAUUUCUUAAAGCCCAGCUACAUCAACGAUCGCUUUGCCGCCCUUCGCAAGCGCAAGGGCACGAACAAGGCAAUUGCAUCCCACGUUACGUCAUCUCCGAAUUUUGAUUUUAUCCUGGCAUAUGUCACGACGUUCCCCACCGUCGGUCCCAGCAAGAAGGAGGCCGCACUCGAUUGGGCGAAUACUGAAUUUCGUCUACAUGCUGGUGUGGAGCAAGUGCAUGGCUCGAGAAUGAAGCAGAGCUGCAAAGAUCGUUUGCAUCAUGGACAAAGGGGCGGCAAGUCCGAAAAACGAAAGCGAAUGCUGAUCAUGAAGGAGGCCAUCCGACAAGCUAAGAAGGAUCUUUUGGAAGAGGCAAAAUGGCCGAGCGAAGCAAAGGGGGAGGCGUCGAAAGCGCACACCGAAGAGGGCGAGCCUGAUGAAAUGCAGGAGGCUGAAGAUGAAGCCAUGGAGCAGAAUGAAGAAGAAGCACUAGAGGAGGACCCGACCUUGGAAGACGAAGGCCUGAAAAGUGAUGAAGAUGCCGCGAAAGGUACUUUCAAGGACGAGAAAGCAAUCAAGGCGAAGGCGCCAAAGCUCCCAAAAGCGGUGCAGGAGACAGCGGACAAGCUGCUGAAGGGGAGUGAGAUGGAGGUUCAAAAGAAAACAAGAGAUGCAAUGCGAGCAGAGCCAGAAGUGACGGAGGAUGCGGAAAAAGAAAAGCGAGGCACAGAGCAGGAAGCGGAGAAGGAUGCUGAUGAUGAGGAAGGCGAAGAAACAAAGGAAGAACAGCCAGGAAAGGAUGCAAACUUCAAGGCAGCAAGGCUUGCCACGAUUGCGAAGCUUGAAGAAAUUGCGAAGUCCGAUGACCGGAUGCAGAUCGAUUCAGACUUCAAGGAAAGCACGAAAAGGAUAUCAGUGACUGGAAAGAGUGGAUGCUUCUAUAUCGCCCCGGUCUGCAAGAAGAACAUUGAGAGUUUGAACAAGACGGUGAAUGCAAAUUUCAGGCGCUUGGUGGAUAAGAAGGUGGACAAGAAUGGCGAGGGCGGCUUAACGGCUGGAUGGUCGAAAUUUGAAAGUCUGAAAGAUGCGUGGACUUAUGCACUUCAUGCUGCCGAAUGGGAGGGCUUGUUUGUGGCUGCCACACGAGCACGCAACGCUGGGAUUCCAGUCCGGCUUUAUGCGGGCCACAAUGAAAGUCCUCAGAUUGAAGAAGGACGGGCUGCUGGCAGCCGGGUUGCCGUGUGGUUCAUGGACGUUCAUGAACCGUGCUACGAGCGGUUUCUGCUGAAAUCCGACACACCGGUUCAUGUUGUCCUUUCCUCAUAUUUGAAAGCGAAAGCUGGCCCUGCCCAGCUGGAUGGGUGGGUGAACUUUCUCCACCGCAAAUUGACGAAGAAGACACGAAAACAAAAGGGCCUCAGCUCCAAAGGCGUGGUUACUUACAAGAAGUGCAAGAAGACUGGGAAGACUGGUGGACCACGUCUCAAACAAACACAGUGCUACCCGGUGGAGUUUGGAAAAGCGGUGUCCUCAUAUCACAUCCACGAAAUGGCCUCGAAAAUUGGUGGGAUCCUCGAGGACGUUCAGAGGUUCAGUAUGGUGAAACCAAAGCUGAUCAAAGAUACUCCUGACUGGGCCCGGGCAUGUCUGAGGGAUAUUGAAAUCUUCCUGGAGCAGGAGCAACAAGAACAGUUGCAACAGAAGCAAGACAAGAUGAAAGCCCCGCCCGCAGAAGCACCGGAGCCGGAACACGAGACAGAAGCGAAAGCGAAAGCCAGGUUGCCGAAGGCUACCCCUCCGAGCUCCGACAAGAGUGUUCGGGAUCCCCUUGCCUGUGCUUCCACCGAUCCUGCCCCAACCAAGCCGGGAAGAGCCAAGCGCAGCAAACCGGAGCAGCAUGAUGAAGGCGACAAGCCGAAGCCUGUGGAUGCAAGCAACGAAGCAAAAGCGGCCACAGCCAAGCCCAGAACAAAGAAACUGAAGCGAAAGAAUGGAUUCAAGAAGGGAGGCAAAGGAGCCCAGGCCAAGAACCUCGCAUCCGUUCGAAAGCGCAAAGCCCGCAAGCUCUACAUGAGAUUUUGGCGAUCGGUGAAGAGUUCAUCCCUCAGUCUGAUUUUCUCUGUUUUCUGUGGCAAGCACACGCCGAAUGAGAUCAAAAAGACCUUCGAGAGGUUCAAGUAUUGCAAGACGAAGAUGAGCACGUUGUACGAAGACUUUGUCAGCACCGGAGGCAAAUGGAAGAAUGGUAUCAUCUACAAGACGGUGACAUCGAAAAGGAAGAAUUCUUCGUUGGGCUGCCGAAAGUGGCUCACCCGUUCCCAGCUACUUCAGCAUUUCGACAACGAUAAAGAUAUCGUGGAUGCUGUGAUUCUACGAAAAGAGACUGACCCCGAGCUCCGUCAGAAGGAGAUCCGUGAGCACCCGGAAUGCCCCAGCUUGACACAAUAUCUCGUGCUGGUCGACGAUGCCGAGUAUGAUGAGUCGGCUGUGGAGAUUUCAGAUCUUUUCCAAGCAGAGGAUUAUAUGAGCGAGACCAAGACCCGCAAGAAGAAGAAGAAGACUGCAAAGAAAGACAAGAAGGACAAAAAGUCCAAGAAAAACAAAAAGGAUAAGAAGGCCAGCAAGAAGCGAAAAAGCAAGAACAAGAAGGGAGAGGACACAGAGGAAAAGCAGCAGGCCAAGGCACUGACAAUGGAAGCGAACAAGGCCCGAAGGUAG